AUGGCGCCCCUCGUUCCUGUCUUCUCCGCCGAAUCUCUCCCAGAGCAUGUCAAUACCGUCAAUCGAAAUUUCCAGGAACGACGGCGCAAAGGCGGGCCAGUCGACCUGGAGAAUUGCAAGUUACUGGAGAUGGUGCAGUACUCGUGUAAUCCGCCUCAGGACGGCAUCCCCAAGCCAGGCGUUGUGACGUGUAAACCCAUUGUCCGGUUAUUCAGACGGUGUGCCGGUGGAUUAACGGUCGAAACGACGGCAUGGGAGCCCAUCAGACUGGCCGAAGAAGAGGCGAAACGAAAACGUGCAGCAGGAGAGGCCACCAAGGCGUGA